AUGGUGAAGAAAGAAGCACAAUUGGACGGAUCAUUGACACAAGAAGACUUGAACAAAGCGGAAACAACAAUUUUGCAUUGGGCUCAACUAGAGCGGUUUCCAGACGAAGUAGCGACUUUAAGAAGGGGGUAUGGGAAGCAGCUAAGGCGUCAGGUUCCACUGGAGAGAAAUAGCCAAAUUCGCAAGCUGUCCCCUUAUCUGGAUGAAGUGGGCCUCAUACGUUCCGAUAGCCGGAUUGCCGCAACAACGUUCGCUUCGUUCGACACCAAGUUUCCAGUAAUCCUACCGAAGGAGCAUCGAGUAACACGUCUCCUUGUCGAAUGGUACCACCAGCGGUAUCUGCACUCGAACGGCGAAACUGUCGUGAAUGAAAUAAGACAGCGAUUCCACGUCCCGCAGUUACGAACGGUUGUGCGCCAGGUGGCGAAAGAAUGUACGUUGUGCAAGGUGAAGAAGCCAAUUCCAGCAAUACCCCGGAUGGCUCCGCUUCCUAAAGCUAGGCUGCAGGCGUACGUGCGACCGUUUUCCUACGUGGGAAUCGACUACUUCGGGCCGAUUGGAGUGCGAGUGAACCGAAGUACCGCCAAACGGUGGGUAGCGUUGUUUACGUGCCUGACAACACGUGCGGUGCACCUCGAGGUCAUACAUACACUUUCGACGGAAUCCUGCAACAUGGCGAUCAGGUGUUUCAUUGGACGCAGGGGCGCACCCGUCGAGAUCCGAAGUGACAGGGGAACGAACUUCGUGGGCUCCAGUAACGAGUUAAAGAAAGAGAUGGAUAGCAUCGAUUGUCAGCUUGCUAGGACGUUCACCAACGCGAACACGAAGUGGGUAUUCAACCCUCCUGGAGUGCCACACAUGUACACUACACGUACCCCGAACGAAGAGACUCUAGCAACGGUACUGGUUGAAGCAGAGAGUAUGGUGAAUUCUAGGCCCCUGACCUACAUUCCCCUGGAGAGUUCGCAACAGGAAGCCCUAACGUCGAACCACUUCCUUCUCUUGAGCUCGAGUGGCGUGGUGCAGACUCCGAGUACAAUUGCUGAUCCUAAACAGACCUGCAGAACCGACUGGAACCUUUGCCAAGUCAUGGUGGACCAAUUUUGGCGCCAGUGGGUGUGGGAGUACCUUCCGACCAUCGCACGACGCACCAAAUGGUUCGAGGAUGUUAAGCCAAUCGAAGUGGGAGAUUUGGUCAUGCUCGUGGAGAAGAAGACUCGCAAUGGGUGGAUUCGAGGACGCGUAGCCGAGGUGGUCGUAGGAAAGGAUGGACGAGUGCGUGACGCGGUAGUGCAGACUGCUGACGGGAUGGUACAUCGUCCGGUGGCAACGUUGGCGCUUUUGGACGUUGCAGAGAGUAAAACCAAACCGGAGCUGACGCCGGACCAACCUUACGGGUCGGGGAACUGUUGCGGUAAUUCGCGCCAAACCCCUCGGACAGUGAAGGCGGUUAAAUGA